CUCUUAUUUACUCUUCUCUUCUUGUCUUGAGGCAACAUGACCCCUAAGGAGGCUCUUUGCUGCAUGUAACCAAGGCAGAGUGGGACUUCAGCCUCGCACUUCUCGGUGGCCUCUUAUACAGUUGUUAGGAUGCUGGACUCCUCGGUGACAGAUCAGAUGACCCGGCUGACAUUGCAAGUCCUGGAACAGAUGCUGGAACAGGAACGUGAAAGCAUGGACAGAGCAGGACAGCAGGAAAAGCCAGACACUGCCCUGCAGCGUGCUUUGAGGAGAAGGAAAGACCUUCUACAGAAACUCUGGGAACAGCAGCUGAUGAAUGAGCACUCCCCAGCCCAUGCCUGGAGGAGGACACACGAGAGAACCACGGUGCCAGCCCUGAACCCAGAGGUGCCUCCCGUGAAAGCCUUCCCUGCUGCUUCCCCACCUUUGCCCCGACCACCAGAGCCACCAAGGAUCAUCCAGGCCCCGGUCCCCCAGCCUCCUGCCACCAUCAUUCAGCAGCUACCCCAGCAGCCACUAAUUGCACAGAUUUCUCCUCCUCAGGCCUUUCCCACUCAAAGAUCGGGAAGUAUCAAGGAAGACAUGGUGGAGAUGAUGCUAAUGCAGAAUGCACAGAUGCACCAGAUCCUCAUGCAGAACAUGAUGCUCAAAGCUCUGCCACCUGGGCCCACAGGGCCACGUGCUACUACCCUCCAGGACCAACGAUGGGCACACCAUGGAGUCUUGCGAGCUGAAAAGCAGAAGCCACCCCCAGUGCACCACCACCACCACUAUACACCCCCCACCCAGCUGCAGGCUGCCUCCACAGGCGCCCCUUCCGGAUAUUCGGGGUGGCCUCCAGUGGUUGCAGCCACUGCCCUCCCACAUGCAGCCAGCUUCUUGCCCACUGUGAGCCACCUGACGGAGCCGACUACUUCCCAUCCCAGCUACCCCUAGCACGGAAGUCUAGAGGGAGGAAGCUAGUGUCUUGCAGCAGGUCAGAGGCAAGAUGGUUCCGAGUUGCCAGUUAACCCUGCGUGGACCUUCCCUGUGGCUGACGUGGCUUCCACACAGUGAAGACAGUGAUGAGAUGUCCAUGUGGAUGAACAAGACAAUGCAACACACUCCCCAGGAAGCUUCAGGGUGGUGACAUCCCCUUCCUACAGAACCACCUUUCAGUGUGCAUUAGGGUAUGAAUUCAGAGAAUCUAGUUUUUGUUAAAAGCAUCAAUUAAAGACCUCACACAAUUUCCUUUUUUCAUGAUGAUUUCUAACAUGAUUUUUCUCUCAUAUAAUUAUUAAUUUAUUGAUAGAGGGAAGACAUUUGACAGAUGUUGUUUGUCUUGGACGGCCUGGCGUUGCUGGGUUAACAAGGAGGAAGGAUGCCAGCACUCCGAGUACCCUGGCUCUAUGAGCACCAUGGGCUUGGGGAAGCGUGCAUGGACGCACCCUCACAUUCAGUCUUCCUAGUCCCCGUCAAGGCAGUUGUUUGAGGCCCAUGUGUGGGAGACUGAAGAGUCUGAGCAGCCUCUCUGUAGUGGGCUUAGGGCUCCCUAGUGGCUGGGGGAAGAAGCUUUUCCUGGCCAUGCCCCUUAGCUGUGGUGAUGGGGACUGAGGGCACGUUGUGCACACCUGUAGCCUGAGAAGCUGUACAGCACUCCCUAGAGAUUUUAAAGAUGGCCCAGGGAUGUGAGCAACCAGGUCCACGCAUGGGCUGGAACUUUCACAUUAGCAACCAAUCCAUAGAUUUCAUGUAACUCUGAUCAGAAUCUUAGAUCCUUGGCAGAAGUGGGGGAUUGAUUCUGGAACAAACACAAACUAACAAAGUAACACAGAGGACCUCCUGGAGCAGCAAGACAGAACCUGCCGCUACAGGCUGGGAGCCACCCCAGAGUGGCUGGGUUCAGGUAUUUGGUCAGCAGAGCAACGGGUUGGGAAUGUGGUGGAGCACUUGCUAAGCAUGGCAAGGCCUUGGAUUCCAUCCUUGGCACUGCAAAACCAAACCAAACCAAAAAAACACCCACCAAACCAGAUCAGAAAUACCAAACAGAAGAAAAAGAAACGCAGAAGCAUUGUCCAAAGAUGAUAAACAAGUUAGAUGACUGUGAAGGAGAAAAUGGGCCGGCACAGGUAGAUGAGGGUAGACACAGCAGAGGGGUCAGAAAACCCUAUCUAGACCCAAGGUUAUUGGCUACAUGCUGGGAAGACAAGUGGUCCAGACUUGCAUAGGUAUUCAGCAUGUCCAGGAAAGCUGAACUUCAACUUGACCAGAAUUCCACGCUCCAGGGCUUGAGCAGGUAUCAUGCUUCUAACAGCCAGUAGGAGGAGCCCCAGCAGCAGGACCACAAGGGCCAACGCGAUGGCAGUGGGAUGGCUCAGACGUAAAAACUUUCUGUCAGCCUGACAACC